UUAACUUUUUCGUCAGUGUUGUUUUGUCGGUUUAGGGGAUCGUAUGUGCUUGGUGCGGAUUCCGGAGGACCAUUGGUUUAUAAAGCCGAGUGUGAAGCUACCGGCAUCAUGUUAAAAUUUAUGAAACACCAACAAAAAAUUAGUCCGGAACGAAUACAGAAGCAAAAGGAAUUAUUCGCUUUCAACCAGGCAUGUUUCCAUGGGUUCCCAGCCAAGCCGUCGGCCCUGGCGUGGGACCCGCUGCUGCGACUCCUAGCCAUCGCCACCAAGAACGGCCAGAUCAGGAUCUAUGGCACACCUGGAGUCGAAUUAUACGGACAAAACGAAAACAACGAAUCGGCAAUCAAUCAUCUCACCUUUCUUCAAGGGCAAUGUCGUCUAGUAUCACUGUGUGCAGACAACAGCCUACACUUAUGGCAGCUAAAGCAACUAGAUGACUCCGGUGGUAUGCAACUUGUUCAAGUCAACUCGACGUCUCUUGAGGGAAAGCUCAAGAAAAUCAGUGUAGUUGUAGCAGACAGCAAGUGUGAGCAUUUAUUGGUGGGAACCGAAGGGGGCAACAUAUAUCUUCUCAACCUGUCAACUUUUGCCAUGUCAGAUAACAUCAUUUACCAGGAUGUUGUCAUGCAAAACGUUCCUGAGGAUUACAAAGUGAAUCCUGGUCCAGUUGAAGCCAUUGCAGAACACCCUACUGACCCAAUUAAGAUAUUAAUUGGUUAUCAGCGUGGCCUUAUAGUUCUUUGGGACAAAAAGAAUCUAUGUGCAGAUCAGACAUAUGUGUGUAGCCAGCAGCUGGAGUGUGUGUGUUGGCAUGCUGAUACUGCACACUUUACUACCUCGCACAAUGAUGGCAGCUACAUGGUCUGGUCAGCUACAGAUUCUGCUCAGCCCACUGAUGGACCCCAGACUGUAUAUGGACCUUUUCCUUGCAAGCCCAUUACAAAAAUUUUAAGACCUGCUGGAAAAGAGGGUGACUUCAUUGUGUUUAGUGGUGGCAUGCCGAGGGCCAGCUAUGGCGACCGCAACACUGUGACUGCCAUACUUGGUGACAACCAUGUUACUUUUAACCUCACCUCCAAAGUUAUAGACUUUGUUGUUGUGAAGGAUAGUGAAUCUGGACAUGCAAGCUGCCUCGCAAUUUUAGCAGAGGAGGAAGCUGUGUUUAUAGACUUGGAAAGUGAAGAUUGGCCUGCAUUUGCUGCUCCAUACUUGGCCUCCCUUCACUCGUCGGCAAUUACCUGUUCUGUACUGGCAUCUUCAGUGGCAGCUGAUGUGUAUGAUAAAAUUAAGGAAGCUGGGUCGAAGCAGCAGUCUGGCCUCUCCACGAGACCCUGGCCUAUCAAUGGCGGCAAAAUUAAAAAUACCGACACGCCCAAGCAGAAAGAUGUGUUAUUGACUGGACACGAAGAUGGUACAGUACAGUUCUGGGAUGCUUCAGGAGUUUCACUCACACUGCUGUACAAGUUAUCAACGUCUCAACUCUUUGUGUCGGAGGAUCUUGGAGGUGAUGGAAUAUCAGCAGAAGAUGACGACUGGCCACCAUUCAGGAAGGCUGGACUGUUUGACCCAUACAGUGAUGAUCCAAGAUUGGGGGUAAAGAAAAUGGUGAUGUGUCCUUACACCGGAACACUUAUUGUUGCUGGUACGGCUGGCCAGGUUCUUAUACACAACUUAGAAGCUCAAGACAAGGAGUGUUCCCCGCAGUGUGUGAAUGUGAAUUUAGUAGCUGAAAAUGAAAACUUUGUAUGGAAGAGCCACAAUAAACUUGACAUGAAGACUGAUCCAGUCAAAUUUGGACCAGGCAUGCAGCCAACAGUUGUGGUACAGUUCUACCCUCCGGCAUCGUGCACUUCACUUACCCUCCAUAGUGAAUGGGGCCUGGUGGCAUGUGGCACUGCUCAUGGAUUUGCUCUGUUCGAUAUUGUGCAAAAAAAAAAUCUGCUCGCCAAAAGUACUUUAAGCCCCUUAGACCUAGCUAACGCUGCCGACGAAGGCCCCAUGUCUCGGAGAAAAUCUUUAAAGAAAUCUUUACGCGAAUCAUUCCGACGUUUACGCCGUGGCAGAUCUCAACGCAAGACUGGACGGCCUGGGGCAGCGUCUCCUACAGGAUCACAUCCUCAGAGCACGGGAGCAGCUGCAGCAGUUGGUAAUGAAGAUGGGCUGAAGCCAGUGGAGAGAGCUGUUGAGGCACGUUCACAUAGCAGUGACUAUAUUGGUUCCAUGGUUCGCUGCCUUCACCUCACAAAAUGCUUCAUCGCAAAUACACAGGCAAUGUCAGCCACACUAUGGGCUGGCACUAACAGUGGGGCCAUUUUUGUAUUCACCAUCUCCAUUCCACCGUCCGAGAAACGAGGAGACGUUCCGCUAAGUGUGCAGCUAGGUAAAGAAAUACACUUGAAGCAUGGAGCGCCUGUUAUAAGUGUGUGCAUCCUUGAUGGUGCCAGUAGACCCUUCCCUCAACCAAUGGCAGUCAAGAAAGAGGCAGCCCCGGGACCUAAUACAAACAUGCCACACAGAGUCUUGAUAUGCUCAGAAGAACAGUUUAAGGUAUUUACAUUACCGUACUUGAAACCAUUCUGCAAAUUCAAACUUACGGCGCACGAAGGUUCCAGAGUCCGUAAGAUAGGCUAUGCAGAAUUUGUAUCUUCUGUAGAUGAAAAUUACCAGGAGUCCUGCUUUAUGGCUAUGACCAACAUGGGAGAUUUUUCUUUGUAUUCUUUGCCUGACUGUCGAAGGCAAUUGUACACACCAUACAUAAAAAGGGAAGAUAUUAACGGCAUCAAUAGUGUGGUGUUCAGUAACCGUGGUGAGGCCCUAUAUUUGCUGUCACCUUGUGAAUUAGAACGCGUCUCCCUCUCGGCAAGGCACAUAACCCGACCUAAUGGAUCAGUUCCCGUUAUAAAAUCCCUGUUAGUCCAAGAGCCUCAAGAAGAAUCUAAAGAAAAGCCAAGUGAAAAUGAAGCAGAAGGUGGGAAUAAUAAUGAUGAUGCUGCUCCCGCCGCCGCCGCUGCUGCUGCUGCUGCUGCUCCCGAGCUGCAAGAAGCAUCUGUGGACUCGCAAGAGAAGGCUGAAAAUGAAUCAAGCAGAGAUGAAAAAGAGGAAAAAGUUUAUGGUGAGGCUGUAGGUGGAGGUAAUAGAAAAGUGGAGGAGGUUAAAGAGAAUGGUGACAGCAGUGUACUCAGUGGUGAUAUCACAAUCGACUCAAUCCGUGACCACAUGGACGAGCUCAAAGUGAACGAGAAGACGAUGGAGGUGGCCACUGCAGGUAACACUACCAGCGCCGCUGCCCUCACCAGUAGUAGUGCUACAGUGAAGCAGGAGAGCAGUAGUGUCACUGUUGUCAAGUCCACCACCAUCACCUCCAUGUCCUCAUCCUCUCAAGAGUCGUCAUCCGUUCAAGUAGUUGAGACAUCUACGACUGAAGUGAACCACAGCACAGUCAACGGAACUGAGUAACAGUCAAUUAAAAUACGAGCACCAUUAGCAAAGGCGGAAUCCUUCUUCAGCAAAGAACCCCGAGUCAGGAGCAAUGAAUAAACUAUCAUUAUGAGGGUGGUUUUGUAGACGCGCCAUCCUUAGGUUGAUGGCAGAUGGAAUAUUGUAUUAUCAUGCAUUUCAGGCUUACUUUUAAUCUUUUUAUUAUGUUGGUAAAAGAAUCUCUCUCUCUCUCUCUCUCCCCUAAUUGCUAGUGCUGGAAUGUAUAUUAUGCUCAUUGUUUUAGGUCAGCACUAUUUAUUAACUAAUGUUUGGUUUUGAUACAGUGUGUAAGUGCUUUAGAAUAAUUCACUAUUAAUAUAUGGUACUGUACUGUAUAUUAAUAAAAUGCAUAAUUUAUUUUCUUUAUUGACUUUAGCUUGUAUAUUUGUUAUACCGAAUUUGACUGGGCAUUGUAAGUCCCUAGCUGACCAUUUAACUGUUUAGUUUUAUAUGAUCUUCAGUACACACUGCCUAGCUGAUUUAUUUGGGAUGGCACUUGGGUCCUGAGAUGAGAUAAAUGUAGUAACAGCAGCAUCGUACCUUGUAUAUUCCUGUACCCAUGUAUAUAUGUGUGUUCCUGUAUACAGGCACAUACAUGUGUGUUCCUGUAUACAG